AUGACUACGUUGUUAGAGGGCCUCAUCGUCUCCGUGGGCUCUGGUGCUUCCCCUCCCGCCGACGAGACAGAGGAUCUCCAUGGUGCGUUGGUGCUCCCUGGACUGCACGACUCGCACAUUCACGUCGCGAUGUUGGGGGAGAGCGCCGAGUGGCUCGAUCUUUCGGGUUGUACGUCCUACGAGGAGUUCGCAGAGCGCCUUAAGAAAUAUGACGCCCAAUACCCGGACAAGGCCUGGGUCGUGGGCAUCGGCUGGGCCCAAGACGAGCUCUCCAGCGACGCUCGAUACCCAAGUCGACACGACAUUGACGCCGUGAUCAGGGACCGACCCGUAAUUCUACAUCGCGCGUGCUGGCACAUCGCAGUGGUGAAUACAAAGGCGCUCGAGAUUGCAGGAGUGGACGUGAACGCUAAGAAUCAUGACUUGGAAAUGUCGUCUUGA